CCCCUGUUUCUAUUCUUUUUAAAGACCAGAAAUGUCAUGCAUACAGUAGCAGAUUCUGAGAGAUUUUUCAGCUUGAUGCUGUUUCCCUUGCAAACAAAAAGGCUCUUGCAUGGAAGCCAGAGACAGGAUUAAAGCCUCAGCAAUGCAGAGGUAGCCCUCAGCAGUCACAUUCUGGCUGCAUCCAAAUACGUGUUGUGCAUCUAUUUUUAUGUCAUAUGCAGAUAUCUACAUGUUAAAGGUAUGUCACCAAACACACCUGACUCUAACACUUAAAUCUCAAACACAAAGAGAGAUGAAUUUUGUUGGUACAAGUUUAAAUUUUAGAACCCUAAACACAAAAAUGUUCUGGAAUUAGGUAGAGGUGAUGGUCGUACAGCUUUGUGAAUAUCCUAAAACCACUGAAUUGUACAUUUUAAAAAUAUGAAUUUUUGCAUGUGAAUUAUAUCUCAAAAAAAAGUCCCUAAGUAAAAUGUUUCAAGAGGAUUGGCAUCCAGCCCACCAUCUUCUUUUCAUAAAUCCCAAGUCACACCAGAAGUGCCUAUACAGAAACCAUACUUGGGGGACAGAGACCUUCCUGUCACAUUUGGAGCUAAUUAAUGACUAUAAGUCAUAUAUGUACUCAUAUUUAUAGGGGAAAGUGGGUGGAACAUUCAUUUUUCGUAUGUAAAUAUAUAUAUGAACCCUGACAUAAACAUAUAAAUAUGUCUACACAGUGGGCUACCUGUUGUUGGCUUCAGUUUGCAUUGGAAACUCAGCUGUAUAAUGACUUCCUCCGGUAUUUGGUGUCCUCUCCCUGCUUACCUUCAUGACUAAAGUCCAAGGCACAGAAAAGAAACUUUAUUGGAAGAAGAAUAUAGAGCAUUUAUUCUAAGCCUCUUUUAUUGCCCUUCUUAAGAGGACCCGGCCAAAUUUGUGUGGUAGUAUUUGUCUGCUCUGGUUUGUAAAUUAAUUUAUUUCAAAUGAAGUGAAAUUCAGACUGAAGGCUUGUCCAUAGAAACGCAUCACCUACAUUUUCAUUUUCAUACAAGUCCCCAGAAGACAAACAAAUAUGUAUAGCUGCUUUAGUAUAUUUUAAAAUUUAGUAGCCAAGCCCCUAAUAAGUAGUUAGUGACUCCAGGAUUUAUAAUACUAAUUUCUGUUUUAAGGAGAUGAAUUGUUUCCGUUUAGGGAAUGUUAGUUUACUAAUUUUGUAAUCUAUGGACAGCACCUUUUAGAGAAGAGAACUUCAGCCUUCAUCUACCUCUGGAAGAUGUGAUGCUUGUCUUGUUUAAUUAAAGAACUACCUACACAAAUGUGGGUUAAGCUUUAAAAAGCACAGCUAAUUAAUUAAAUUCAGCGAGUCUCCCAAAGCAUAAUGAUUACAUUAUCACCUGUUCAAGAUGAGCAAUUCCUAGAAAGAAUCAGGAAUGUUCAAACUCUCUUGAGUUGGGACACAGAGUAUUAUAUGUCAUUUCUAAUUGAAGUAUCUUAGCCAUGUUUAGUAUAAUUAAAUUUAGAAUGUUUCAUUUCUUUUAUGAGGUUAGAAAUAGUAAUUCUCUUAUCAAAGUGUAACUGAAACAGGAAGAAAAUAAUUCCUCUAAGAAGAAGAAGGUUCUCUUGCACAUACUAGUUUUUGUAGAUCAGUUGUCCCUGCAUGUAAUUUAAAAUGAAGCCAUCUAAUUAUACUUGACAAAAACAAUACAAAAAUGUUGCGUAAAGCUUAAGCGUACUUGUAUUAUUUGCCACCCUUCCAUAGCUAAUGAAAUAACAGACAAGUUCUCACUUUUGUUUUUAACUUGUCAAGUGAAAGAAGUUUACCCUGGUGGGGUAAGAUGGCAUUCCUUUGUCUUGCUGUGUUGGGCCUUGCCUACCCAGGAAGUCAAGCUAAGUGAAUCCAUCUUUAAAAAGUGUUUUUCUACCAAUGAAAAUAAACAGAUUUUAUUUUUUAGUUUUCCUCCUUAAAGAUACUGUCAUUGGCUUUUGGAAAUAUUUUGAUUAUGAAACAAUGUGCUUUUAAUGAAUUGUAAUAGUCAAGAUCAUGGUUUCUAUCUGCCUGUGACAGAUAGAUAACUUUGUGAUAAAAUUCAGAAGGCUACUACUCUUUUUGAGUGGAUAAUCCGAUGAGCUCAUUGUCGUAAGAAGGUGGAAAUUGCGAGCCUAAGUCCUACUGAGGAUUCUAGAACAAAUUGGCUAAGAAGGAAAAGGUGCUUUCUGAUGAUGCCUCUUUGCUGAUUGAGUUAUACUUGAGGGAAGUAAAAAUGUUAUGCAUAUUAAGAAUUUCUAUGUGUGCUUAUUGAUGAUCUUCACAAUUAAUUCUCCAAAUAUUCAAUUUUUAGUGAGUUUUGCUUCCUGUUAAAGUAGUAGUACUGAGAAGAUGGUGUUACACUAACAUGUUUUGAUAUUCUCGAUAACCUGUUUGCUUUUUUUAAAUUUGAUUUGUAUGCUAGAACAGGGAUCUGCAUACGAUGGCCUGUGGGACAAGUUGGCCCACUGCCUGUUUUUGUAAAUAAAGUUUUACUGGAACACAGCCACACCCAUUGUUGAUUAAUCAUGGCCUAGGACUGCUGUUGCAUGACAGUGGCAGAGUUGGAGUAGUCUUAACAAAGACUGUGUGGCCUGCAAAUCCUACAAUGCUUAGUGUCUGGCCCUUAAUAUGAAAAGUUCAUUGACCCCUGUGCUAGAGUAUAAUCUAAGACUGUUUUUUAAAUGCUCGGAGAACUGCAGUCUGGUUUGCCAACUGCCAGUUAGUUAUUACUGACAAGAUUUUGUUUUUAGUUUGACAUUUAAAUUUUAAAAAAUUUCUACCAGAAAGAUAAAAUUGGAUAUGUUGGGUAAAGGAAGAGCAUAAAAUGAUUUCAAAUAUCCAGAUUUUCUCUCUCAAAUCUUCAUCUGCAGACAACGUAGGCAUUUAAACAUUUCAUCUGUAGGCAUUUGUCUUUGAAUGUCAAAAAACUGUUUGCUGAAAUCUGAUGAUGAUAAUUAUCAACUCUUGAAAGAAUUACCCAAAGGAAAAUAUGUGAGAGUUGAGUGUGUUGUUGCUAAUAAAACUGUACUGGAUCUUUUAGGAAAACAUUUCCGCCUGACCCUUAAAUGUCUCUAAAAACAUGUGCCAAGAAUUCAUUAUAGAAGCAGACGACACACCCAAAAUACUGAGCUGGAGUUUAUGAAGCUGCCUCUUUCCCCGUCAUUUUUUCCUGUAAGGCUUAGUUUAUUUUCUUCUGAAUGCCAGUUCACAGUUCUCUGGUUUCUCAUGGAAUAAGUGACGUUCCCCAUCCCUCCCACUGCCUCACCCACCACCCAGCCCCCAAGACGCAGAAGAGAGCUAGAAGCGCUCCCCUCCCCGGGGAUGUCAUUCUGUUGCCCGAAGAUGAACUGUUUUGCAAGGCUUCUGACCUUGUCAUAGAAGGAAGUUCCUCCCACCAGCUUUAAUAACAGUCUAAACAACUCCCACCGGAGUCGCUAAUAGUUCCGCGGACAGCGUUUCCAUCAGCACUGAACUACAGACGGCAGCGUGGGGAGGGAGGAGCUUAACGUGUAUCUGCCUUCCUGAGUUGAGACUUGCCCACUGGCUGCCUCAAGUACGUUUUCUUCCAGCGAAUGUUUGCAGUCCUAGAGAGAACUUGGAGUAAAUGUCCCUGUAAAGAAAAACAAAAAUAUCAAAACAGCAUUGACAAGUGUCUGCUUUUUUUAUUGCCAUCUCGUAAAUGUAUCAGUAGGUGUGCAGUUUCAUUGGAUAUUCUGUUUUUUUUUUUUCAAUUGUCUUUGUACCUAUGAUUGAAAACGGUAGUUGGUCUAUGACUUUUGAGGAGAGGGAGAACCGGAGACUCCAGGAGGCCAGCAUGAGGCUGGAGCAAGAGAACGAUGACCUUGCCCAUGAACUGGUCACCAGCAAAAUCGCUCUGCGGAAUGACCUGGAUCAGGCAGAGGACAAGGCGGAUGUGUUGAAUAAGGAGCUCCUCCUGACCAAACAGAGGCUGGUGGAGGCUGAGGAAGAGAAGAGGAAGCAAGAGGAAGAGACGGCCCAGCUAAAAGAAGUCUUCCGGAAACAGCUGGAGAAGGCGGAGUAUGAGAUAAAGAAGACCACCGCCAUCAUCGCCGAGUAUAAGCAGAUCUGUUCCCAGUUAAGUACUAGACUGGAGAAGCAGCAAACAGCCAGCAAGGAGGAGCUGGAAGUGGUAAAGGUCAAAAUGAUGACAUGUAAGCACUGCAGUGACAUUUUCAGCAAAGAGGGCACUUUGAAACUCGCAACCAUAAGCAGAGAGGACCAGGGCCUCGAGCCGGACGACGAGAAGGACGCCCUGAAGAAGCAGCUGCGGGAGAUGGAGCUGGAGCUGGCGCAGACCAAGCUGCAGCUGGUGGAGGCCAAGUGCAAAAUCCAGGAACUUGAACAUCAGAGAGGAGCCCUUAUGAAUGAAAUCCAAGCUGCAAAAAACUCUUGGUUUAGCAAAACCCUGAACUCUAUCAAAACGGCCACGGGCACCCAGCCGCUGCAGCCACCACCGGCCACCCAGCUACCCAAGGAGAGCACAUAGUUCCAGCCUCGCCCAAGCACAAGAGCACAACGAUCAAAGCGACAGAAACCCAGGAGGAGUGUCCCCGGUGUCCCUUUGAAGGAAAGUGAAGGAGGCUGGAAAGCAAGCCAGAAUCUCUCAGUAGCUCACUUUCCUGGUUGACACUUUGCAAAGGGAUGUUACGUAAACUGCCCUGAGUUAUGUUGAAUACCUGUUUUCGAGCUUCUUUGAGGCCACGUUCAAUUCCAUCCUAGUAAUUACAUAUUUUAUAUGCCUGAUAUUUAGUUGGAAAUAAGUAAUUCAGAGCUAAAUGCCUUUUAUUUAGAACUAAUUAUUCAUAAUUACUUUUAUCUUACAUAAAAAUGGAGAUGUCUUUUAUUCCAAGGUUGAAGGGAUAAGAUGAUACUUGUCACACAGCCAAAAAAAAAAAAAAUGAAGAAGUAGAAAAAAAGAUGGAAACCUAAAGCUCUUAAGUUUUCAGGAUUUAUUCACAAAAGGCGCACUGGGGCCAUUCGUGACGACCGUCGGGUUUCUUCCUGAAAGUGAUAUCCCGGAUAACGAUCAUCCUGCCCAAAGAACAAACCUGGGGUUGAACAGUCCCCAAAAAGAAUUAGUUUAUUUUCACUUUCUGUUGGGUGUAUCUGGAAAUGAAGUACCAAGAACCACAGAAUAAGAUAGACUAUUAGAAUCCACACCAGAUAAAAGGCACUGAGGUUUCAGCAGAUGCAGGAUAAGAUCAGUCAUUUGGCCCUAGUAUCCUAACGGGUCCUUCUGAGAAACUCCUGCGUGGGGAUUGCACACGCAGCUGUGACUUGCAGCAAACGCGAAGUCGGGUGUCCGGCGCGAGCUGCAGCGUGAGCGAAGCUCUACCAGACAGGCCUAGAGAGGCCCCGCUUCGGCGUCUGUGCGUAAGUGAAAUAGAGAGCCAGGGACAGAGUAUUUCAUUUAAUAGUGACAUAGAUUUGCUAAGGAAACACUAAUAUGCUAUAACUUUGUAAAGUUAUGAAAUGGGAAACGCAGGUCAGCUUCACAUCAUCUUAGUUUAGUGUCGGACAACUUUUCCUGAUCUCUGUAUCUCUCUAAAAAUGUGCCCUUGGUACCCCAGAUGAAGAGAUGCAAAUGCGUUGGAAACAUUUUUUGAUUGAAUACAAAAUCUUUAUAGAAAGACUUAUCUCAUGGAAAGGGAAAGCUGUUGUUUAAAGGUUGAUGGAAAUAGUUUUUUCAACUCUGUUUGCCAUGUCUAUGUGAAUAGUCCUUGCAGGAAAUCCUUUAGUAAGGACAAAACUAAUUUUCCCAUUUUCUAAGCUAGUUUGGAUGCCUUUGGUCCUUUUACACCAACCAACCUGCUGUCAGCACGUACAAUAACGUUCCUUGAUGCUCCUCCUUGGCUUCAUUGUUGAACAUGUUCUUUGCAACGACCGUAGCUCUGUGGCGCCAUAUUCUCACCGUGCCAUAUAUUGCAAUUGAGAGUAACACGUUCUUGGAAGUAAAACUUAAGAGCCAUCUCGGCUCCAGGAGCAUGCACUACACAUUGCUCAUGGUAGAUCCUUCCCUCCAAAAGGAUCAGCAAACGCUAAAGUCUCCUUCCCUUGGGUUUGUGUCAUCUACAGCCAGAAAACUGAUACGGAUGUCACCCUUUGUUACACUCAUCAAAUAAUACUUUUCUUAUAGAAUUCUUUGUGUUUCGUCCUGACAUCUUCCAUUAUAAUAUUCACUUCCUUGUACCAAAAAGAAAAAGAAUCCAGCAUUCUGUUGACUCCUGUUCCCUACUUGGUGAUUUAGAAAAGGUAAUUUUUUUUUUUUUGUAAAAUAUAAUGACUAGAAAAUUGCAUCUUGGUACUUGUUUCUGUAAAUCGUUUAGUAUAAUUAUUUUAGCUUUGCUGGUACUUUAUGCUUUUUUCCAAGAAGCCUUGUACAAGUUGCCUUAUCAAACGGCCAGCUAAAUUAAAGAUGUUCUUUGUGUUUUGUGAAUCUCAUGGUUUUACUGUAAGAGCUCUUUUUAACCUCCAGAAAUCAGCACAUUGCACAGACUGCCUAAAUUGCAAUAUUUUCCUUACAUCGUAAUUGAGGGAGAAAGAGAAUGGCUGUGGGUUGGGUCCUCAGCUGUGCGGCCCGGCUCAGUCCCAGAGCCCCUCGCAUCUGUUUUCUCUAAACAAAAUCACCUGGUACCUGCAUUCCAAAUGUGUAAUGCCUUUUGCAUUUUCUCUUAACUCUUUUCAAGAGAUUUUAAGGACCAUCUAUAGAUUUUAUUUUUUCUUCAUCCAGUUCCAUAUCCUACUUAGGUAUGUGUAUUGGUACCAAACUGUUCCUCUGGGCAAUGCCUUUGGGUCAGUAGCGAUACUUAAAGACAGAAAGGAAGAAAAUCCCGAGUUUGGUGUAUGAUAUGAUUAUUCACUCAGUGUGUUCUAACAGCACCCCACAUCCACAUAUCCUUCCCCACAUAGAGUUUGCAAACGUGUGCGUCCCAAUAUUAAAUAACUGCUAGUUUUAAUUUCACUUAUUUUGAAAAAUAUUUGAAAAUUGCCACUCUUCUCUUGAAUUUCUUUUAGACAUCAACUAACCCAAAUAGCUAGGAAAUUUCCAAAUAUUUGAGAGUGGUUUUUGUCUUUUCCUAGGAUAUGUUGGAGAAACAUCCCUCCAAAAAAUCCCAACAUUUGCACCAUUCUGAAGAGUGAUGAUUUUUUUUCUUUUUUUUUUUCAUUAAAGUCUGCAGAAUAAAUUAAGGGAAUGAAUUUCAAUUUGAUAAUUUGGUUCAUUAGCUUUUGUAUCUUGAGACUCUUGUUUAACACGUUCUUUAAAGCUGAACAAAACCAGGCUGAAUUUUGCAGUGCGUAUGUUUGCUAGCUUCCCACAUCCUGAGCUGUGCCACAAUUUGGUUAUAUUUAGUUACAUGUAAUUUAAUGCAAAGAUAUUCUCAGUCCCCUAAUGUUCUGUUUAUGAGUGCCUAUCAGAAACACUAAUAGGACUGUCAUAUGGGCCCAUGGCCUCUCUUUCCCUGCAUAGCCUCUCUCUCUCUUUCCCUCUCCCAGCUAGUAAGUUAGUAGUUUCUUCACUGGCCUUCUUAAAUUCCCAGAGUAAAGUACAAAAGCAAUCUUUGUACUGAUGUUGGGAUAUUUAAUAGUAAUAGUUAUCCUGUUUCAUAUUUUUCAAAAAUUUUCAUUCUUUUAUAUUAAUGAAUAUUAAAAUUUAUUUUUCUCAUACCCUUCCUCCAUUUUCUUAAAAUAUUUUCCAGUUAAGAGCUAGUGGCUUUCUUUCCCAGAGAAAGUGAGAAAAACACAGGUUAGGGCAUGAGAUGAGAAAUUCUUAAAGGACUUGAUCAAUUACUGAGGAUGAAGAUCACAUAACCAACUAACGUAAGGGAGAGAGUUUUCUGUAGCGGAAAUCAGCCUGCUAAUUAUUCUGCCAGAGUGCUUGUCUGAUUUCAGGACCCUUUUAGGGAAAAAGGAGCUUUUAAAAAAUUAAAUAGCUUGUUUCUCUCUCUGGGAAAGAACACUUUUAAUUACUUAGCAGGAGAAUUCUGUCCUACAACUUACUCAUUAGAAAAACACAAAGUCUAAAGUAGCUCUGAUUUUCUUGCUUCAGUUACAAGUAAAUGAGGGAAUAGACAAACUCUGUUGUUUAAUUAGAUUUGUGUGUGCGCGCGCGCGUGCGUGGUAGGAUUCCAUAAGGCGCAUCCCUGACCUUUUUGUACAGCCACAUACCGUGCAACUGAACACGCCCGAGGCCGAACGAGUUCAGAGGCCUGUGUUUCCUGCUCCCAGAUACAAAACUCAUUCCCUCCAGUCGCCGUGCUGAUGUCACAUCAAGCUAGAACUGUUCUAGAACACCCUUCAUCUUGCAAAGCGACUUCCACGUAAUACAGGCAAAGCCCUUUAUUUGAGGGAUUUCUCUCUCUCCUGAAAGUUAGCCAAAACGAUCCCCUCCUUGUGGGCUGCACCUCCACAGCGGAGGGUCAGGAGAUGUGAGGAAACAAGCAGGUGCUUACAAGAAGCUUAGGGGCUACCGGCAGCCGACAGUGUUCCUGGCCCGGCUUCCCUCUGAGAGACUACGUGGUCAGAGUCUCUCCAAAUAAAUUUGUUACAUAUUAUAAAGACAUCAUCAACAUGUCCCAUUCUCUCCACCUCCGUCCUUGGUUUAUCAUUAAUAAUAUUCUGAAAACUUUAAGAAAAAAGCAUCAUUGAGUAGAGAAUAAACAUUUUAAAGUUACUUUCCUUUUCCAUUGGCGAUGAGUUAACAUGUAAAACCUCUUCCAUUAAAAAGGUACCUUCUUAUAACUAUAUAUUAUAUAUGGAAUAAAGUAUAAGGAAACUUUAUAAGAAUAUAAGUGCAGCAAGACUCUGGUGUCAUGAAAGCACAAAGAUCAAGCUGGAGAUGGUUCCAGAAUCCAAGAUGACCCAAUAGCCCUUUGUGUCAAUUUCUCCAUUUUUGGUGUUUUGCAUAAUGUGUGGAUCCUCAGUUCAAACGACGGAAGACCUUUCUCAGUGAGCAUCACUUCCUUUCUUUCAACGCCUACCUAUCCCUUGCUGAGGAGGUAGUAGAAAUCCUGUACCAUUUAUUUUUAUGAAUUCUGUGAUUUUGCCCAUGACUUCUCUAAUGAAAACAGGUUCUAGAAUAAAGGGUAGUGCUGACUACGAAAGAAACGUGAGUGAGCAGCCUCUGUGAACACUGACCAAUUCGAUGUUUCCACAAUUCCAUGUAUUAUGUAUAGUACAUGCUAUCUGUAAAUGUAAUGCUUGUUGAGAAAAUGCAAUUUAUUGUACAUUGUCCCAAGAAAUGUUUACUUUUUUAACAGUUACGAACUUGGACCAGUAUCUUGUUUUCAUGUGUGAAUGAAGCUUGUGAAAUAAACAGAUGCAACCAAAUGGUGACAAGG